GUGAUGCGUCUGACGCGUAUGACGUGGCGAGCUGGAUCAGCCGAACUCUCCUCUACACUUCAAUAGAACAGUGUCGCUCUUGGUGCUUUCAAAAUAACAUUGUUUGUCAGAAAUGGAGGUAAAUGCGUGCAACAUUCAAGUGCUUCUGCAGGCAGCUGAAUAUUUGGAGCGGAGGGAAAGAGAGGCCGAGCACGGUUAUGCCUCAGUGCUUCCAUUCUACAGUAAAGGAGUUACAGAUAAGAGAAAAAAGCAGAAAUCAAAGGGUCAUUCGCCUGGGAACAGCAGGUCUGUUCACAAUGAGUUGGAGAAACACAGGAGAGCUCAGUUAAAACAUUGUUUGGAGCAGCUGAAGCAGCAGGUUCCUCUGUCCUCGGAUUCAGCUAGAAACACAACCCUCAAUCUGCUCAGACAAGCACAGCUGCACAUCAAGAAGCUGCAGGAACAGGAUGAGCGUGCUGAGCUCCUGAAGGAUCGUCUGCGCUGGGAGCAGAGAGAACUGCGCACACGGCUGGAGAAACUGCAGGGCGGUUCAGAGAGGAUGCGUAACGACAGCCUUGGCUCAGCUGUGUCCUCUGAGAGAUCCGACUCUGAGAGAGAGGACGUUGAAAUCGAUGUGGAGAGCAUGGUGUGGACUCUGGAGUCAGAUGGUCUGGGCUCGUCACAUGCUGGGGUGGACCACAGCUACUCUACCUCUGAUCACGCCUGGUUAUGACCAUCCCAGAUCUGCAAAUGUCACCGAACGGUAUAAAGUGGAUGGAGGGACUAGAGAGAAAAUGUUUGAUGGGCUUCACCAUUGUCACCACAGAACAGCCUUAUGUUGCUGACGCUCCGAAACCAUCAGCCGCAAACAACUUCUAAGCAUGACUGGAAUUUAUUUUGUAUAGUGUAUUCUUUACACUAAUGGCAUUAUGGUGCUCUAGUAUGCUAUACACUCGUGAGAUUCAAGUGUAACAAGUUUGGUGAUGCUUAUUUCCACAGAUUUUUUUUGUUUUUUUCUGGAUUAGUUAUGAUCACAUUGUACACGCUAGUCGUUUUCUAUCCAGCUAAUGAGCUUAACUUUAGGGUCAGCCUGCAGUACACAUUGGCUUGCACUUAAAUCUUUAAUAUCAAGCUUAUUUAAUUCUGUUUUCAAAGUCGUCGAGUUUUGAUACAUUGCACAAAGCAUACGCAUGAGCACUUGUGAUGUCUUUUUAGAUGUGUGUUGUUCCUUUCAGGUUUGCUAAUGUGUGAAAUUGCAGAUCAUGUCAGUGCAUUUUUUUUUUUUACUUUUAAUAUUGCUUUUUUUUCUAAUUGGAAGGCUAUUUCAAAGGUUGUGCUGCAAUAGGAAAGGAUGCUUUAUGGGUAAAGGUACAGUUGGGUUUGAAAUGAUUCUUGUUGAACUGCUAUCUGUAUCAUCUUGACAUUUAAUUUUGUAUUUUAUACUGUUUUGGUCCUGUGCUUUGGUUCACUCCAGAGAAUCAAAGUUGGUGCUAUUUAAACAUCCAACAAGAAGCUAUGAUGUUGAGCCCUAAGCAAGAAGCCUGAAAAACAGAAAAUAGUUAGGUUAUUUUUUUUAUUAUUAUUUGUACAGUGGAUUUCAGCAGUUUAAACCCUUUCCCCCUAAGAUGCGUUAGUCUGCUCAUGUGAAAUUGUUUUUUUUUAAUGCAUACCUUUAAACUGCAAUUCAGUAUGUUGGUAGUAUUGACAAAAUACAUGGGCUGUAUUUGCGAACUGUUCAGUAUCUGCUCACAUCAGUCAUUUAUGCAAACUAUUAUGAACAUGCCUUUGUUUUUAAAUGUUUGUACAGUAAUUGUGUUCAUGUACACAGCAAAAUGUACAUUGUAUAUACAGUUCUGAUCACCAAAUGCCUUAUGAACUAUUCGUAUGUCAUUGGACCAGGAACACCUUUGUAUUUAUGUCUCUCCUUGUACUCAUAUGUAGCAUUUUAUUAUUUUUUACCAACAUAAGCCUUUUGUACAAAUAAAUAUUUUAUGUAUUUAAUCUGA